GAGUAGUGUGUGAAUGCAGCAUAGUGAGAGCGGGCGGUAGUUGGUCUCUGAGCCGCAGAGCAGAGCAGCAACUCCGGGGACAGAAACAGAGCAGAACACGGCCUCUACUGUCUGGAUCAAAACAACAGACACACUACAGAAACCCCCGCAGCCAUGGCGGCUGAAACGGAGAAGGUGGAGCCGGCGGACAGCGAGCAGGACGAGGAGGAAGAUGUGUACGAAGUGGAGAGAAUCAUCGACAUGCGGGUGGAAGAGGGUGAAGUUCUCUACAGAGUCCGUUGGAAGAAUUACUGCUCGGAUGACGACACGUGGGAGCCAGAGGCCCAUUUGGAGGACUGCUGUGAGGUCCUCUUAGCUUUUAAGAAGUCCAUGGCUGAGCUCAAGGCCAAGAAGGAGGCAGAGGCCAAGAAGACUGUGAAGCUGCUGCCCAUGAAGAGCGAUGUGUUUGAUCCCGACUCUGAGAUUGACAGCGACAAAGACCGUCCGACUGACGCACCUGUGAAGAAGAAGAAAAAGACAAAGAUCCAGGAAGGAGAAGAGGAACCGCCUCCAAAGGAGAAAAAGAAGAAGAAGAAGAAAGACAAACGGAAGGAGGAGUUCAGGCCUCUGCCGGCACCAGAGACAGACGACAACAACGACAAAGAAGAAGAAGAAGAAGGAGAAGAAGAAGAAGAAGAAGAAGAAGAAGAAGAAGAGGAGGAGAGAGCCCCGACUCCUCCACCCUCUCCUCCCAAGGAGAAAAAGACUGAAUCAAAAAAGCGUGUGGUUGACUCUGAAGAGGAGGACGAUGAGCCGGCAGUUCCCUCCAAAAAACACAAGAAGGAAAAGGGAAAAGAGGGAGGAAAGCAUAAGAAAGAGAGGGGAGAGGAGGGGAAGAAAAAGAAAGGGAAGAAGGAAAGGAAGAUGGAAACCUCUGAAGACGAGGCCGCUGCUCCUCCGGAGGACACCCUGAGCGACGGCCCGUCAGAGCCCCAAAUGGACGAUACGGCAUCAACGGAUGCGGCGGCAAAGUCGGCCGAAAAAGCACGAUUAGAGGACAAACAAAAGAAGGGGAAGUGGGAGGUGAAGCUGCAGGGCAUUAAGGACCUCAUCCACGACAAGAGGAGCAAAAAGCCAGAUGCCUCUCAGAAGGAAAGCAGCCUCCUAAAACUAAAGAGCCUCACCUCUAAAGUCAAGGAGGACGCCGCGCCUCACUCGGACUCCAGCGACAGCUCCACGCUACAUAAGAAAGCCAAGAGCAAAGGGCAGGAGAGCACGUCGGCGCCACCCAAAGUGCCGUCUUCCUCCACAUCCUCGUCGUCCUCGUCGUCCUCCGUCACAGCAGCCAGCAGCAGCACCAAGCUCAAAGAGGAGGAGGUGGCUAAAGAGGAGGUGCUGGGACCGAAGGACGCCACGGGUUCCACUAACCUGUUUGAGAAGUUCCUGUUAAACUGCGAGGCCAAAGACCGCGCCCCCCGCAGGCAGCCGGUGCAUCAGCCCGCCGCAGAGAAGAUCAGCAGCAAACCCACAAAGCUAAUAGGAAAGAUUGAGAAGAUCUCCAAGCCAACCAAAGAGUCUCCAGGUCAGAAACCAGAGCAAGAGAAGACGGAGAAGACCAAGCAAUCAGAUGCCUCCAGAUCUAGUCAGAGUUACGGCUUCAGCCUGGACAGCGACGAGAGGGAAUCAGAGGCGUCCACGGCGAAGUCGAAGCCUGGAGAGGAUUCCCGCGAGAGGAAGGAGAGGUCAGAGGAGCGGCCCGGCUGGGAGAGGAAACCCCCGACGGAGGACAGGAGGAAGAGGAGAGAGGACAGUGAGCCCCGACUCUUCAUGGCAUGUGAUGAUGGUCAGGACACCCAGGACCCACCAGGGGGCGCUGACAAAUCUGAUAAGGGCCAGGCCACCUUGAGUCUAGGAAUGGACCUCAACCUGGACUGGAUGACUCUGGACGACUUCCAGAAACAUCUGAAUGGAGAGGAUGAGAUCCUGUCCGGUCCGCCGUUGUCACCAAGUGAGUUGCGGGAUGCUGUGAAAAGUGGAGAUUACAUGGCAGUCAAAUUGGCUCUAAAUUCCAAAGAGGACUACAAUCUGGACCAAGAGGAUGUCAGCGGGAUGUCCCUGAGCAUGCUGGCAGCGGCGGGGGGGCAGGACGACAUCCUCCGGUUGCUGAUAAAGAAGGGAGUGAGGGUGAACGGACGGCAGAAGAACGGCACCACAGCGCUGAUGCACGCCGCUGAAAAGAAUUUCCUGACAACCGUUGCCAUCCUGCUGGAGGCGGGCUCCUACGUCAACGCUCAGACACUAAACGGGGAGACGGCGCUGAUGAGGGCAUGCAAGAGAGGGAACGCUGACGUGGUGCGCCUCCUGCUGGAGUACGGAGCCGACUGCAACAUCGUGUCCAAAAACAAGACCGCGGCCAUGUACUUCGCCAAACUCGGCAACAACCUGAUGGUGUGCGACCUCAUCAAGGACCACGUCAGCGUGCUGUCCAGCGUGGCGGAGGACACCAUCCGAGCGUACUUUGAGUCUCGUCUGGUGCUGCUGGAGCCCGUCUUCCCUCUCUCCUGCCACCGGCUUUGUGAGGGACCCGACUUCUCGCUGGAGUUCGGCUUCAAGUCACAGCCACAGCCUGAGGGCUCAGGCAUCCUCCUCUUCAUCUUCCACGCCAACUUCCUGAAUGAAAUCACAGCGCGGCUCUGCGGACCGUGCAGCGUUCACGCCGUGGUGCUCAACGACAAGUUCCAGCUGCCCAUCUUCCUGGACAGUCACUUCAUCUACUCCUUCAGCCCGGCUCCUGGCAUCAACCGACUCUUCAUCCGUCUAGCAGAGGCGCCAGCAGCCAAGGUCAAGCUCCUCAUUUGUGCGUACAGAGUCCAGCUGCAAUGAUCAGGUCAAAGGUCACGCCAAGCCUGACCGACACAACAAAACACACUCACACAUACUGAGCAGCAGCUGAGAUGCUCUACCGAGGUCCUCGUCACUAUGGAAAGAAAUUAAACGCUGGCUUCCUCUGACGUCAGUGCAAAAUUGAUGAAUCCUGUCCAGACCACCGCUCCGCCUACGUUGGCGUACACAUGCAGCGCAAAAUCUGAGGAUCUCGAGAGGUCGAUUUAACCCUCGAGCAGUCCGUCCAUUCGUUGGUGAAACCAUCGUUACACAGCUUCCAGGAGCUUCCCCCCCCCCCCCCCCCCCCCCCCCUCUCUCUCUCUCUCUCUCUCUCUCUCUCUCUCUCUGGAGUAAACCCCUCCAGGGUCGUGCCUUUCUCCGAGUCCCGCCUCCCGUCAGCGUGGAUAUGAUGGAUGCUGUGUGUUGUUUGUAGCUUGUGUGUGUAGACUGGGUGCAUAAAAAGGGGGAUUUUCCAUCUUUUUUAUUCUGUUUUAAUCAUUUUUUUCUUGGACCAAGCUAAAGCUUUCACACUCAUGUUGUUUUCUGUUACUUUAUGAUGGACUUAUUUCGGUGCAUUAACCUGUGUGUCAGUGUUGAGGAUUUGGUGGAACAGUCUGGAACUCUUUCCUAAAGAUGUGAUGUGUUUAGGAUGUCAGAUCUGGCGCUGCUCCGUUGACAACAAACGGGUGAUUUCUGUGUACAUUUCUACACCCAAACGAGGUUUAAAUGUUCUGUCAUAAUUGCUCGCCAAUCCAGAUUUCUAUCAUCUUUUUGUUUCACAAAAUCAGCGACCAGUUUGUCACCAGCUGAGUUACUAUUGCUGCCUUCAAAUGGAAACUUGUGAGCUCGUGGUUACGACGUGGGAAGUCGUGUAUAUGAUAUGCUUGCCGUUCAAGUGGUUGAGAAACAUGGACGCUACUGUUGGCUACUGUAGAAGCCACUGAAGUUAACAAUUUAGCAAGCUAGCGAGCGGGUUACCUAAUGCAGGAAAUGCAAAGGCAUAAUGACAGAGGAGGAAGAUGAGGCCGUGGGGAAUAUCAACAUUUUCCUCAGACAUAUUAUAAAAUAACAAAGAUAAACUUAAAUGUCUCCGCCAUUUCUGAAAACGUCAACAAACACGUCACAACUCAACAAAAAGAAAAUGUACACUUACAAAGUCGUGAAUACGACAAGACACACAACCCCAUUUGAAGGCAGAUCUGGUGCUGCUCCGCUGACAAUUUCUGUGUAAAUUUCUGCACCCAAACAAGGUUUAAAUUUUCUGUCAAAUUUGCUCUCCAACCUAGAUUUAUAACAUCUUUUUGUUUCACAAAAUCGGAGACCAGCAGAGUUAUUAAUGCUGCCUUCAAAUGAAAACUCGUGAGCUCAUUGUUACGACAUCGUGUACAUGAUAUGCUUGGCGUUCAGGUGGUUAAAUCGUGAGAACACCGCUGCUAGGGAACGGCAACAUGGACGCUGCUGUCGGCGUCUAGAAGCCACCGAGUCUAACAAUUGAGCAAGCUAGCAAGCAGACACAUUCUAAAAUUACAAAGAAAAAAAUCUAUACGACUAAUUUCUGCCAUUUCUGACAACGUCAACAAACACGUCACAACUCGUAGCUUUCAGAAAAUGUCCACUUUGGAAGCGGUGAAUAUGACAGGAGGAGGGCGUUCUCCUCAUGAACACAGUAAACACGACCCUAUUAGAAGGCAGCAUCAGUCACAUCACUUCAGAAAAGAGAGGUAGAAUACAUGCAUCCUUAAAUAUGGGUGUCAUCCCCCUCUUUACUUCACACUUUCCCACAGGUUGAUCCACCAGAAUGAGGCGAUUUGUAAAGAUGUUUUUAAUGAAUGAAGCCUCCCGUGCACAGAGCUGCUGUUUACAUUUUCUGGUCUGUACAUAUUCACAUACUAUAUAUAGAUAUAAACAUACAUAUAUACAGUUCUAACGCGUCAUCUGAUGGUGGGUUUUUUUUAUGCCCCCCUGUAGGAGGAGUUAAGUUAUUUAGUGUGUACAGUAAAAAAGCUCUGAUGUUUUAAGGGCUCUAAUGCUUCAGCUUUAGAUCGACCGCCCUGUUUUUAAAUUGUAAAGCUUCUUUAGUCGUGAUCCUAACGCUACUCUUCGCUCUCCUCUGACAAUCUCUUCACUAUUUGAACCCCAAAUGUUGUGAGAAGACGCCUUGAUUCUAGCUGUGUGAUAUCGCCUGUAUAUAUGAACUCAGCUCAGGACAGCAACAUGUCUUUAAACAACACCUGUUGUCAGAAACUCUAAAUCGACGAGGCCUCUCCGUGCUGCCUUAAUAUAUCCACACGGUUCCCUCUUGAUGUUCUUUUCUUGUCCAAAUUAAAAAGUUGAAGGAGAAAUAAACGCAGUUGUUCUAUUUAUGACUGUUUAAAAAACAUCAUAACGAAACGGCACGCGUGUGAAUCUGGACUCCAGUUGUUGCUUUUAAUCCGUAGAGUUCAAUAGUUUGCUUCCUGUUUUGUGAUUUUGUCUCAACAUACAAAAUGUUAGAAGACGACAGAGGUUGCGGAGACGACGUGGACGCCUGUAUUCAGUAAAACAUGAUGCAGAUAAAGGUUAUUUUGUGUUUACAUUCUAGUCCUAAAGCUUCAUCAGAAUAUGUUGUGGAUAAACAGCAGCGUGUUCACAUUCAGCUCCUCAUCCAGACGGCUACAGUUUGAUUCUCCCUUUAACUGUGUCCUGUUUUUACGCCACUUUAUGAGCAUCAUCUUGUCAGUUAUUUCACUAUGUGCUCCAGAAAUCUAACCCAGUGAUACUUUCCUUCAUAAUGUCACAGUGUAAAAGGCUUUAACUUUCAGUUCCAACUCUAAAAAAUGCAGCCAAAGCAACAUCCGAACUGGCUUUAGAGAGUUUUCAUUUUCAUCUUUUACCCUCCGUGUCUCCUUACAGAGCGAGGAAUCACUGUGUUUUGUUUUGGUGGUGGUUUUUGGGAGGUGAGCUGUGUAGCUCUUUAGUUAAAGAGGACCUAUUUGUGCUUUUGUGCUUUUUCUCCCUUUCCUUUAGUGUGUUUUAUAGUUUUUUGUGCAUGUACACUGUAAAAGGUCUGCAAAGUUAGAAAGCCCAAAGUCAACGCCAAAGGGAGUUCCUCGCCCCCACAGAAACACUGCUCCUGAAACGCCUCGAUUGGAGUCCCGCCUUUUCUUCCGUAACAUGGUGAUGUCACCAAGUAAUGCCGACCUUAAACCAAACGACUUUUCAAGCGAUUUUACUGUCGCAGACAUAUUUCCAAUGUCAGAAUAAAAUCGGUUACGGCACACUCCUGUGAUCUCCAUCGU